CCCCGCGCCUGGCGCGCCCCGGCCGCCGCCAUGAGCGGCUCGUCCGGCACCCCGUAUCUGGGCAGCAAGAUCAGCCUCAUCUCCAAGGCGCAGAUCCGCUACGAGGGCAUUCUCUACACCAUCGACACAGACAAUUCCACCGUGGCGCUCGCCAAAGUGAGGUCCUUUGGUACUGAAGACCGUCCCACAGAUAGGCCUGCUCCCCCAAGAGAGGAAAUUUAUGAGUACAUCAUUUUCCGGGGAAGUGAUAUCAAAGAUAUUACUGUGUGUGAACCUCCAAAAGCUCAGCACACACUCCCUCAGGAUCCUGCUAUUGUUCAGUCCUCCCUGGGCUCUGCCUCCGCCUCGCCCUUCCAGCCGCAUGUGCCUUACAGCCCCUUCAGAGGGAUGCCGCCGUAUGGCCAGCUGGCAGCCAGCUCCCUGCUCAGCCAGCAGUAUGCCGCCUCCUUAGGUCUAGAGAAGUUGGUAAGCCCUCCAGCCUCAGCCGCUGCUUCCAGCCCUAGUUCCUCUCCAUCUCCACAGCCUGUUUCAGAGCUUGACAUGUCCUCAGAGCCACCUCAGCUCACUUCCAAGGGAGCUGGUUUUUCAUCUACCCCAGUCGGCAAGAGCCCCAUGGUGGAACAGGCUGUCCAGACUAGUUCUGCUGAUAACUUGAAUGCUAAGAAACUCUUACCCACCAAGGUCACCUCGGGGACCCAACUCAAUGGUCGCCAGGCUCAGCCAAGCAGCAAGACUGCCAUCGAUGUAGUCCAGUCGGCACCUGUGCACACUCAAGGGCAGGUGAAUGAUGAGAACAGAAGACCUCCACGGAGGCGGUCAGGCAAUAGGCGAACAAGAAAUCGUUCCAGAGGGCAAAACCGUCCAACUAAUGUUAAGGAAAACACAAUCAAGUUUGAAGGUGACUUUGAUUUUGAGAGUGCAAAUGCCCAGUUCAACCGAGAAGAGCUCGAUAAAGAAUUUAAGAAGAAGCUGAAUUUUAAAGAAGACAAAGCUGAGAAGGGGGAAGAGAAGGACCCUACUGUGAUGACCCAGAGUGAAGAGACUCCUACUGAGGAAGAUCUUCUGGGGCCCAACUGUUACUAUGACAAAUCCAAGUCCUUCUUUGACAACAUUUCUUCUGAACUCAAAACAAGUUCUAGGCGAACAACAUGGGCAGAAGAGAGGAAGCUGAACACCGAGACCUUUGGGGUAUCUGGGAGGUUCCUUCGGGGCCGCAGUUCACGUGGUGGAUUCCGAGGAGGCAGAGGCAAUGGAACAACAAGGCGCAACCCCACUUCCCACCGAGCUGGGACUGGCCGGGUGUGAGGGUACAGUACAAGGUCCUGAAGAGGACAGAAGGAAAUGAAUGCUACAGUCACCGGGAGAAGUGAUCUUGUUUACCAAGUCUGGAUGCUACUUAGCUACUUAGCUUUGGACUCAACCUAAACUUGGAUGUGGUCUGAUUAGAACCACUUGUUUUGGGGGAAGUAUUUUGUGGGUGACCUUGUGAAGGUAUCUUGACCUACAUUUUCUUCUUGGUUGCACACAGACUAAUUGUAAGGUUUUGGUAUUUUGCAAAAAGGUUUCUAUAGGCAAAGGCUCAAUCCUCACUUUAUAAUUUUUUUUUUUAAAUGACAGCUUUGACUCUUAAAACAGAACCAAAUUUUAUUUGGCACAUGUGGUGUCCAAAUGUCUCUGCAAACCCAUCUGGCCCCUGGUGCUGCUGGCCUGGUACCCCAACUGCUAAAAGUGGGAAGUCUCAGGAGCCAGGCAGGGCCAGCACAGGGUGAACCAGUCGUAUGGGGUGGGAGGGCCAAGGGCAGUGAAGGGGGGUGGGGUUUCAUGGAUCAUGUUGUGUAAUGAACCAGUGGUGUUCAGUGUUGGAGGCUGACAGAGGGAUGAGUGAAGAAGUUCAUUGUAGAGCCUGGCUUCCACAGCUACUGAGGCUUACUGUCGAGAUCCAAGACAAGGGAUGUGGUGUGCCUCUGGCCCAGGUCAGCCAUUGUUAGAAGACUCUGGCUGCAUCUAAGUAUUCUCAUCCACUUUGAAAUGAGCCAGUCUUUUUUUUUUUUUUUAAAGGUCACUGGCCUUGUUUCCUCAAUUGUAAAUAGUUCUUGUGUGUUUAUUUUAAAGGAGGUGGAGGGAGGGUGGGAACAUAAACUUGUUGCAUGAGUAAAUGGGUCAGAUUUUCUGUAUAAGCAUGCGUCCUCUGACUGACAGGGCAUUUUGUUGAAAAUAAGCACCUUGAUAACCAAAACCCCUUCAAAAUAGCUAUAAAGCUUUAGUUCUGUAUUGAUGAAGUCACAUUGCAAAAGCUUGGGUUUAUUUUUUUAGGACUUCAUAGCUGAGACUAGAACAUAGCACUGGGGCUACUGUUGGGGUAAUGCAAACUCUAAAUAAACAUUCAAGCCUUCAAAUGCUGCCUCCAUCGCCUUUGUCAUGUCCAGGCCUACCCAGAAGCAAGAACUAGUUAGGCCUAGAGCACACCUAGGCUACUUAGGUGUUGGAGGUAUAUGCCAGAAAAGUGACCCAAUGACCACAGAUGAAGAAGGCAGGCUGGUUCUCACUGGGCACCCCAGUCUAAUAUGGAUGGAAACUGGUGUAAGUGUAAACCACCUUGCUUUGCUGUGGCUGUUCAAGUAUUCAGGGCAGAUAAUGUGGUCAGUGGAUUGGCAGGCAGCCUUGGGACCGUUGAUGACAUAUACUCUUAUUAGUAAAGGACAGGCUAUAUGCUACAUACCUUAAACUAGUUAAACUGGUUUUUCUCUGCCAAGACACAAGUAGCUUAUAGACGAUACAAUAGGCAUAAAUUUGGCCAAAGAAUUACUGUUCUAACAUAACUGGUUAAGGGGGUGGGGGUGUAGCUGUAAGCCAAAGCAGUUGGUAGAAUGAUAAACUGGUUAAGAAGCCAAGAGGAAGUGCAUUCCUGGCCAAAAAAAAACCACAGUGACAGUCAGUACUAAGUUGUUUUGCGGGGUGGCAUGGGAGGUCUUACUAUGGACCUCUUUUUUUUUUUUCUUUUGGUUUUUUGAGAC